AUGGAGGAGGCCUUACCACUUUUGCGAGAAAAUAGCUCUAACUCUUACCGGCAGUCAAGAUGCUAUAUACCCGCUCGAUACGUUCUAGCAGCUUUGUCCUGUUCGGGUUUUUGUGUGAUGUAUCUUCUCCGAGUGAAUUUAAGCGUGGCUCUGGUGGCCAUGGUCAAUUCCACCUACGCGAACGAACGGGCGUCUGCAAAUAACCCGGAAUGCCAAAGAAAUUCUUCCACAGAUUCCGAGAAAAAGGUAAGAAGGAAAGGAGUCUACUCUUACUGCCUUGUUGUAUUCUUUGUUGUUUGCUCGCCUCUCCGGCCGCUUGUCUUUGUCUUAGCAGUGGAACACCAAAAUAGCGCUAACUUGCUGAAAACGCUUCAAAACGGCCUGAGACGUGGGCAAACAACAAAGAAUACAACAAGGCAAUAAGGUAAGUCGAUUUUAUUUAAAAACAUAACAUUUGUUUCUCUUUUAAGAAAAGCCGUUUACAUCCCAUACAAUCGUAUGUAACACAACACCGCUCGCAAGCAAGAGUCACGUCCGAGCUUGCGACGCCUGUGAUAUAGCGCAUCUUACCGGCCGCUUUACCAUUAAUUCUGGCCAUCUUGAUUUUCAAAUGUACCGAGGGGGCAGGCUUCGGGGAUUAUAGCUCUUGCAGCAGGGGGCGAGAAAAAUAAAAAUAAAAAUAUUUUUCUCGCUUCCUCACAAACCGCGCCCCCAUGCUCCCUAAGUAGUUUUGACACUCAUGCAAGAUGGCAGCCCGUAACGCAAAGCGCUCGAUCUCGACGAUCUUAUGGGAAAACUAAGGGACUCUGAACAGUCUAGCUUGGCUAGGACGAACAAUACAUCGAAGUACAGGUAUACAUGUCAAAAAUAUUGAUGUGUAUGUCACACGUUUUUUUGCCGUUUCACAAGCCAACAACAUGCAUGAGUCAAUCACGAGCCUCGAAUCAAGCACAAUUAAACCAACCUCGAGUCAAGCCCAAAUGAUACAUUUUAAUUUCCAUUUUUGAAUUUCCCGGCCACAGAGAGUAGCAAUUUUUUUGUACAAAGUUACAAUGAGAGGCCCUGCCAGGAAGUGGGAGGGGGAGGGGUGGGUCCCAUGUCGCCCGUCUGAAUUUUAAAACGUCUCGUGUCGGUGUUUGUAUGUGCUUGUCGCUUAUGUUAUCGUCGGCUUUGCCGUCACUGUCGCAAUAAAUGAGACACUUAUUCAAAGUCUCACCUUGAAAAAUUUCUACACCUGUCGCUUAGCACGAUUAAUUAGCCUAGUGGGAUCUUUAUGAAUCUAUUGUAAACGAUUUCUUCCUGAUUUCUUUGCUUCUUGAUUUUGAAAAUCAAUAACCGCAAGCCAUAUCCUCGCUAAUACUGUAAGCUGAUCUUGCGAGCCCUCAGUCUCUUGGUUUGCGGUAUAUAGAAUGUGUGUAACGAAAAAAGUGACCCAUUUUUUCAGAGGUUUUCGACUGGUUUUGAUGUUUUUGAUGUUCUAACGACGAAAAAAUCUCCUCUGGAGCCUGUGGAAGGUUUUCUCUUGUCGCGAAUUUAUUUUACGCGCUGUCGCUACUUUUUGGGCCAUGUCGCUUGUCGGAAUUUACCCUGGCAGGGCCUCUACAAUGGGUACCAAUAAUUUGGCAUUAAAAUUGUCAUUAGCAAUUAUUGGAUGGGGCUCAGUAUGAUGUGAAGAAUUAUGCAGACAUGCAUAAUUUGCCAUAUACACAAACCGACUGAUACUUGUGUUUUUCUUGGAUGCUUGAUACUGACAAACGAAGCCAACUGGAUCACCACUAUUCCAUGGUUUUGUAGUUCAGAAGAUUUGUUUGACAGUUUUUUGCAGGAACAUUUCACUAUGGUACAUUGAACAUUUCAGAUCAACUGGGACUUUGAACCCUUGUCUUUGUGAAAAAAUAGUAUAUGCAGGGCUUGUGAUAGAUAGGUCGCGAAAAAAAAAGUCAAAUUUUGCGUGAUUUUUAGGGAUGAAAUCGCGGCAAAAACAGCCGAUUUCGCGGGAAUUUAGCGGGAAUUUUCGGGGCAAAUUUGACCGGAAAGUAAUCGGUAAAAAAACGGCGGAUUUUCUGGUUAUUUUCAGGGCAAAUUUCGCUUGAAAUCAAUCGGUUUUGCGCUGAUCAGACCGGCGUUUUUACUGUUUUUCUAACAGAGGUCAUCAUUUGCUCUUUCAACAACAAUACGCUCCGUGCCUAGAUCUACGCCUGGUACUUUCGGAACGUUGUUUGCAUCCGUGAGGAAAUUUGGACAUAAAUUUGCGAGCUUACAGCAAGUAAAUACCCCCAGUAGCUGAGACAAGUUUCAAAAUUGCUGUACAGACAUGUAUUUGAUAAGAUUUCUACCGAAUUUCGCGGUAUUUUGCGUGUUUUUGUGAAUUUCGCGAGAUUUCGCGGAUUGACCUGAAUUUCGCGGCUCGCGACCGCGCGAAAUAUCAGAAGCCCUGUUAAUAUGUAAUUAUUUUUCUUCUGUAGGAUGGAGAGUUUAACUGGGAUCAAAAGACACAAGGUAAUGUGCUCACCAAAUCUCUUUACAGGAAUUAUUCAGUAAAUGCCUUGACCUGAUAAUUAAUACAAGAAGCGUUGCCUCCCUCAGUUUGGUCUCAAAAUAAGGAGGGGGCCCAGGCCCCCCGGGCCCUUCCCCGGGGUGCGAUACUCUAGUCUAUGCCCAAUCUGAAUGGUUUAACACAAUUACCAUUUUCAGGUCUAGGAGAGUUGAAUUUUAUGACGUUACUUCAUUUUGCUCAAGAUUGCAGCCUUCCAUGGAGGGUAAAGAACCCCUUUGUGGAUGUGCUACAUUGCACUAUUAGUAGCUGUUAUUGUUGUUGACUGUACAAGCAGUUUCUUGUGUGCCAUAUUGUAACCUCAUCUCUCUUCUUAUCUGACAUGAGCUACAUUGGUUAGCCAUUUAGGUGUUUAGAUACUCUAGUCUGUGCCCAAUCUGAAUGGUUAUCACAAUUGCUAUUUUCAGAUCUAAGGGAGUUUGAAUUUUAUCAUUUUAUUUCAUUUCGUUCUUGCAAUAUUGGAUGGAGGGUAAAAAUCCCUUUGUGGAUGUGCUAGAUUGUACUAUGAGAUUUUUAUUUAUUGAUCACAAUACUUGGUUUUUGGCUCUUUAUAGGUCUAAUACUGGCUUCAUUUUUCUUUGGCUAUGUCAUCACUCAGUUACCAGGUGGCUGGCUAGGAACACGGUUUGGUGGGAAAUAUUUAUUUGGCCUUGGAGUGCUUUGCACUUCUGUGUUGACAAUUUUCACUCCUCUUGCUGCACGUCAUAGUGCUGGGAUGUUAAUUCUGGUGAGAAUACUGGAAGGAUUAGGACAGGUAAACUAUUUAGUUGCAAACAUUUUGUAGUGGAUUGGUUUUAGUACUAAAUAUAAUGACUCCUUGCUUGUGUGGCAGGCAAAGAAAAAGGGAAGGGGAAGAGGGAAUUUAAGUGCAAGCGAGAGUGUGUGAGGGGCACGUGUGGAGGAAAAACACCCACCUCUUAGAGGCCCUGGCGUUCUCGUGUAUCCAAAUUCCCCUAUCGCCUUCUUAUUUUAACGCCUGCUACACAGGCUCUAUAAAUCCUGUAAAACCCAAUAAAGGCAAAGAAAAGGUCAAAUGAAAACACAGUUAUUAAAGUAGAAUGGUUAUGAAACCCGUUAGACUCCUUUGAUGUAAGAUUUUGUUAGCUUUUUUGGACCUAACCGUGCACAGCAUUUUCUAGCAUUCCUAUUAUUUUGAACUUAAAGGCCAAGAGAAACAUUGCCUUAAUUUAUUCAGCCGAAAUUUGUGAACAAAAAACAAAGGAUUGUGCAUGGUCAGGGAGAGUCCAGUAUAAGCUACAGCACUGUUGAGUUGUUUCCAACUUGCCGGCUUUCAUAACCAGUCGCCUCUACUAAUUAUGAUGAAAAGUAAAAGGUUAUUCUAACUGAAGGCAAUCCGAAAUAAUCCCUGUUAUUAGUUCAAAUAAAGCAGAUGCAUGUGUAUGUGGAUUUAUGGCAGAAGUUUUUUACCUACCUCAAGAAUGUAAACUUUAAAAUAGCUUCAUUGUUUACAUGCUCAAUACUCAGCUGCCAGCCCUUAAAAGUAGCCUUUUCUCCAUGAUAGAGACCAUAUUAAGAGUGGGAAAUAGAUUUUUCAUGAACAGGUUCGAUGAAAAAAGGCUUUUCAAUAACAAUUCGCCCAACCAUUCAAAAUCCUCUCUUGGGAAUACCCAAGGUAAAGUAAGUAACCGAAUCUCAAACUACAGAAAGAACACACGGGUGAUUCCACGAAUCAUGUGUACAGCUAACGGCAAACGUCAGAUUCAGGUUGACAAUUCGAGUAUCAAAUUAGGAAUAUCAGCAAAGAAAAACUGUUGAAAAUAAGUCAUAUGGAUGAACCUAAAAUGAAACCUAUUGCUGUGGCUUACAAGAGAUUGAAUUUGGUCACGUUCAUGGUGCAAAUUGAAGUCUGCCGUUGGCCGUAAAAAUGAUUCUGAAUUUCUGUUAGUUAUCAUUCCCAGCUAAUCCUCUGUAAUAGGGGUUUGCUUUCUUACAUGUACCUUUAACCCCUCCAGUCUUGUUUAUACUUAAAGCAGUGCUGUUCACAUCAGUAUAAUUUAGUCUGUACAAAUAAAGUCACUUGAAUUAAAACAUCGCGCAGAAUGGCUAUUGUUCUCGGCCGUUGUAUUUGUUGUUGUUCGAAAGUCGAAGAUAACCAUGUUGAAGAUAAACUUCGUGGCCGUCUUUGAUGCAUGUCUUUGAAACGUUUCUUCUGCCCUAAAAGACCACUUGCCUUGGCAGAGUUCUCCCUACAAUACCUGCUUUGGUAGUCGGCAACCAGGUAUUCUGGGGACAUGGCCUGCCCGUCUAACCUGGGCUCUCUGUAGGAGGGUGUCAACGCUGGGGAUGCCCGACCUUUCUAUGACCUCCGUGUCAGGAUUUUUGUCCUGCCAUCUAAUGUGGAGAAGUCUGCGGAGGCAGCUCAGGUGGAUAUGAUUGAGCUGGUUGGCGUGUACGUGUCUGCUGUACACAGUCCAGGUCGCACAUGAGUAGAGAAGAGUGGUGAGUACCACGGCAUGGUAAACUUUCAGCUUAGUAGAGAGGCCGGUGGCUAUCCGUUCCCAGACAUUCUCACGGAGUCUUCCGAAGGCGACGCUGGCCUUAGCAAUCCUGUUGUUGACUUCAGUAUCGAUAUGAACCACUUUUGAGAGUGUACUACCCCGGUAGGUGAAGUUGUCAACUGCCUGUAAGUUCUGCCCCUUAACCGUAAUGUGUGGUUCUUGGUAAGGCUUUCCAGGUGCAGGCUGAUACAUGACUUCAGUCUUUUUGGUCAGGCCGAAGUUGUCACAACCUUGAGAUGAGCAGUUCAUUCCAUGCUGCAUUAUCUACUCUGUGUUGGCGCUGAGGGCACAGCUAGUCAUCAGGAAACAAGACGUCUCUGAUGACAGUCUCCUCCUUUGUAGCAGCCUUCAAGCACCUGAGGUUGAACCAGCCCGUCGUCAAUCCUGUAUCUGACCUGUAUUCCGUCUUGGCAGUCAUGGAAGGCAUCAGUCACCAUGACUGAGAAUAAUAUACUGAAGAGCGUCGGAGCGAGAACACAGCCUUGUUUUACGCCGUUCGUUACUGGAAAGUACUCUGAGUCGUCUCCGUCAUGUCCAGAACUUUAACCAUCACGCCUUCGUGAAACUGUCGUACGGUCGUUAUGAAUUUGCUGGGACAGCCAAACUUCUCCUUUGUCUUCCACAAGCCGUCUCUGCUUAGCGUAUCGAAGGCCUUGGUCAGGUCAGCAAAGGUCACAAAGAGGUCGCUAUUCUGCUCAUGGCAUUUUUCACCUACAGUCGAGUUGGAAACUUUGGUCAGUCUGUAAUAUUACAGGUGAAGGGUGAUCUGAAUCACUUUCAUUGGUCGAAGUCUGUGCGGUAUUUCCUUUGUAGUAAAUACCGCCUUGCAUAUCAACUUGUUAGAGCAGAGUAAAGAAGAAAAAAAAAAGCCAUUCGAGCUAUUGUUUAUUCUUUCGUUCCCUGGUAUAUCACUUUAAAUGGCUUAUGCAGCGCGUGCUUACAAGCGGUAAUGAAUAUCAAAUGAUGUCCACUCAUUCUGCGCGAUGAUGUCCUGAAAGGCCUGUUGUAAAUAAUUCAGGUAAUGUCAUGUCCCCUGCAGGGUGUAACGUUUCCAGCUAUGCAUGCCAUGUGGAGCUUUUGGGCCCCUCCCCUGGAAAGGAGCAAACUGAUCACUUUUUCUUAUGAAAGUAAGUACGUUAACCACCACUCGGUUGGAAGAACGCUGGUUUGCUGAGCUCGGGUUCGGGAGUUCGUGAAUUCAAAUCCGAGAAUCAGAGUUCUCAUAAUAAUACAGUCUCCCAUUCAGCAUGUAUUUGGAUUCGAACACAACCCUCCUUAUUCACUGCGGUCAAAACAGUAAAAUCUCCCAAGCAACGUUCGCCAGAAAUUAGGGUUGCUCAUACGUUUUACGGUCAAAAUUAGUGAGGUUAAGCAAAGACGUUUUUGGACGACGCACACGUCAACCAGAAGUGGAUCCAUUCUUGAGUAGUUUUUUUGCCCAAAUUUUUUGAUCGAAUCGCCUUGAGACUAUAGACCCUUAGCAAUACAAAAUUGGAAGAGAAAGGGGCUUACUUAAACGCCUUUACUUAAGCCCCCUAAUAAGAUAUAGAUGCACCUCCAGGUUAGAUGUACACAAGUUCAGUGCAAGAAUAACUGUUUAUUUUUCUGCCUUUCGUAUCACAAAGGGAAAGAACUUGGCACUAUUCUUGGCAUGCCAUUAGCAGGAGUUCUCUGUGCAUCUGACAUCUUGGGAGGAUGGCCAUCUGUAUUUUAUGUCUUUGGUAAGUAUUUCCCCUGCAAUACAGUGAAUAAGGAGCCCUCCCUCCUGGGUAUACCUAAUUGUCAAUGAUGAUAUUUCUAUUUUUAGAGACAUCUCCAGUGGAGACCCAGACAUAACUGAUAUAUAGUUAGUGCAAAGCGGUUGAACCGAAUUCCGCUAUGAAGAGCUGGGAAUGGCCACCAAAUAGAGCGUAAUAUAAACAAGAAAACAACUCGUUAAUGGACGUUACCAAAGUGUUUGAAAUUGGCAAUUUUCCAUAUAAAAUUGUAGAAUGUACCAAACUCAGCAUGAAGCAGGUUUGUAACCGAAGAAAAAAGCAAUUCUCAUGUUGACAUUAAGUAAAGCAGUAAAGGGACAUUCAAACACGUAGCAAAUAAACUAUGGAAGGUAUGGAUGGUCAAAACUAAAGAAGGUGACACCGAUUGCAGUGAGUGGGGCUUUUGAAACCGUUUACUUGACGAGCAAUUGGCAUCUACGCCCUGACACCUCCGUUUUCGGAAGAUACUUUUGAUGAAGGCGUACAUUGAGUAUGGGGACUUCCUCCAUUACGACGAUACUUUUUAGGAAUACCUCGAAAGUGAUAGUUAAAGUACUAUGAAACUCGCUUGUAGACCAUAGGUAAAUGAAUUUCUUCUUGACCAUGUACUUAUUCCUUUUACUCCUAAUGGUGAUAAAAUUUUCACAACAAAAAUUCCAAUAUCCUUUUGUAGAUAACUAGAAAAUAAGUAAUUCUUGAGAAAGGUUCUGUCAAAGGGGUUUCAUGUGAAUGGUAACACCUGACAGAUUGGUGUUCUUUAAAUUAAAUGUUUGAUUUAGGUGGUGUUGGCAUUUUAUGGUCUUUCAUCUGGAUGAUGUUUACGUACAACAGACCAGCUAAUCAUCCAAGAAUAUCCAUCAAAGAGAGAGCAUAUAUUCAUGCUACUAUAGGAGCAGGACAGGACAAAGGAAGAAGAGUACGGAAAUUAUGCUAUCUUUAUUUAGUAGCACCCUUUUGUCGCUAAACAUAACUAUAACAAAAUUCAGCACUAAUAGAAAAGUGUAGUAGGACAGUACUCGCCAUUGCGCGUGCGCACUUGAAUGGCUUUUUGACUCCGCACGUAAGUCAUGCACAGAAGAGCUCUGGGUCGAGAUUGACUGCUAGCAAAAGAAGCUAUCAGAAAUUCUUCUGUUUUGAUUUAAAAGAAAGCCUAAAAUUUCGCAAAUUUAGUACAGUUAUGAUCAAUUCAUUUGGUAGGAGAACGUUGUGUCAUCCAAUUCGGUCUGUGAUCAUACUCGUGAUUAAACAAAUCGGACUCCAGCGGUUUCCGAUUUUGUUUAUCACUCGUACUCAUUCCUAUUACAAUUAUUAAUCAUUUUUUUCACAAGUUGGCCAGUUACCCUUGUUUCUUGACAACAAAUGAAGACGCCACUACUCGUGUCUGAGAGUGGUAUCCUGUUUCCAGGUCAGCGUGGUGGCAAGUAUUUCAGGGGAAGGGACUUGGGCGUCUUUAUUCCCAUUUUUUUUCUCCUCAGGGAUGGCUUGCAUUUUCAUUUGUUUCCAUUAUUAAAGUCCCCUUUUAGGGCUAAAAUGCAGAGUUUCUGUGAGGAAUAUUUGACAGUGAUUUCACAAACUUGUUGAUGUAGCAUAUUUUAUUGUAUUCUAAUAUCGGGAAAUCUUGUUCAGAUAUUGAUGUAAAGAAAAGAAAUAUCGUACUUCACCGAUGUAUCGGUGUAUCAUCGCAGCCCUAUCAUUUUGUUCACAAGUUAUUCGGCUUCCUUUGUUUCUCAGCAAGAAAGGAAGUCGUAGUGGCUUUAUUCGACUGAAAGUGGCUAUCCUGUGUGGAAGGGUUUGAGGACUGAGAUUAAGGGACUCGCGUGCCUUUAUUGCUCUCCUCCCCCGCGUGUUACCCAAAUCCCUCCACUUCAAACGCCUUUCACGCAUACUAGCUCCAAACGUUCAAAUAGGCUUCCCGUGUGCCCCCCGUCACUCCCAGUAUUCCCCAUUUGGUAAAUUGAACGGAACUUUCCCUCGAAAGUUCCCAGACGGCACGAGGAACUGAAUUGUUGAAUUUCCAAAAGGCGAACCAUUCAACCGAAAUGGUAUGAAUGGAAACAAAACUUCCGGGAAGAAAAUUUGAAAAGCUGGGUACACCUCGCGUGGUUGUCCUUUUCUUUCAGAAAUUUUCGGAAAUUUGGUCUAGUUGAUACUGGAAGUUGCCAGAAAUUUAAACAGAGGAAUUUGGUUGAAUGGAAUUUGCGAGGUGGGGAUAGGGUGGAGGAGUGGCAGGGGUUUUUCCAGGUUUUGGAAUAUGUGACCCACUAACUACAUUGCUAAUUUUUUCAGAAAUAUGACACCCCGUGGUUUGCAAUCUUCACUUCGCCAGCCGUGUGGGGGAUAAUUGUCGCAAAUGUCUGCAACAACUGGGGUUUUUACACCUUUCUUACUUGUUUGCCGUCGUAUUUCAAAGAAGUUCUCAACUUUUCAAUUUCUCAG